CUGGUCUCCAAUACAUAGCAAGCCAUUUACCAGAGUGGCAAAACUUCCUAGUCACUGUCACUUUAAGUAGCCAUCACUAUCUGCAGUAGCAUAAGGGUACGGUAGUGCUGUAUAAACUCUUGGGUUUUCAGGGGUACCACUUUUCUGCAUGUGGGGUGCAAAAACAAUAAGAGCCAUGUAUUUGCACUGAGGGUUGUAAAAACAGUAAUGCGACUGAACCCUUUUUGUUUGUGAAUUUGUAGAAAAGUCUGUGAAUAAUCCUUCACUCUUAUUGGUCACGCUUGACAUUUGCAGACUUCCCCUUGAGAGGCAGUUCCGGCUAGAACCCCCCCUUGACUACAAAUCGUAGAAGUGCACAUCCUGUCAUGUAUGCAUUCACACCUCUCCUGUUCUGCUCGGUGUUAUCCCACAAUCUGUACACAGCCCUGCAUAUCCCCCACGAUCCUGUGGCGCUGGAGGAACACUUCCAGGAUAAUGACGAUGGGCCAGUCUCCAACCAGGGAUACAUGCCCUAUCUCAACAAAUACAUCCUGGCGAAGGCAAAUGAUGGGACCUUCGAUAAAGAGACAUUCGAUGACCUGUGCUGGAUGAUGACAGCUAAGAAGAACUACAAGCCAGGCAUGGAGGCUGGCCUGUGCUCCCGGAAAGAUGCUUUUAAACUGUGGUGUCUUUUUAACAUGUUAUCAGAAGACAGAUAUCCCCUUGUCAUGAUACCUGAAGAGGUUGAGUACUUGCUGAAGAAGAUCGCUUCAGCCAUGAGCUUGGAGUGGGAGCAGAAUGGUCUGGAUGACUGUUACUGCCAGGACCCAACGCUACUGGAUGGAAUGACGGUCUGGACGUUCCUGGAACUAAUGGGCUCUGGGAGGCUCCUCAAAAGUGAGAGCACAGGGGCAGUGAGCCUGGCUGUGGAUGAAGUCUUCCAGGAAAUGUACCAUGAUGUGCUGAAGAAGGGCUACAUGUGGAAGAAGGGGCUGGUGCGCAGGAACUGGAAUGAGCGCUGGUUCGUGCUGAAGCCCUCAGUCAUCCAGUACUACGUCAGCGAGGACCUGAAGGAGAAGAAGGGAGAGAUCCUGCUGGAUAAGAGAUGCAUUACAGAGGCUAUUCAGGAUAAGGAUGGCCGACGCUGCCUUUUCUGCAUAAAAACAGCAAACAGGACAUUCGAGAUUAGUGCGUCCGACCUGAAGCACCGUCUGGAGUGGAUGCAAGCGAUCCAAACAGCCAUUCGUCUCCUAGCCGAGGGCAAGAGGUCUCUACACAAGGAGCUGAAGCUGCGCCGGCGGGAGAACAGAGAGCAGAGCUCGAAGCAGAAAGAGGAGCAGCAGACACUCCAGGGCCUGCAGGAGGAGAAGGAGAGGCAGAUCCAGGAGAGGGAGCAGCUGGAGGCUGAGGCUCUCCAAAAAGAGGAGGAGGAGAGGGAGUGGGAGAAGCAGCAGCACAUGCAGCGAGCCCUGGAGAGGCAGCUCAGAGAGGCAGAGAAGGCACGAGCUAACAUGGCAACAGAGAUUGCUCAGAAGGAGGCUGAAUCAGAGAAGCAGCGACUGCGAAUCCGGGAGCUGGAAUUAACCCAGCAGGCCUUGGAGAAAGCGCUGGAGGCAGAGAUCCAGGCGAGAGUGGUGGAGGAGCUGGCCACAGUCAACCAGGCCAGUUUGCUGGAGGAGGAGGAAGAAAAGCUGAAGCAACUGAGAUGUCUGAAGGAGGAGCAGGAGGCUCUGUUACAGCAGACCCAGCGGGAGAAGCAUGAGAUACUGCAGGACAUGACAGAGAAGGCCCAGGCCUUAAAGGUGGCCAGCCAAGAGCUGGAGAAGCUGCAGGAGUCCAGGCAGAAGAGCAACCAGUUCCUGGAGGAAGCAAAGAAGAAGUUGUGCAGAGCCAGCUGCCAUGUGAAACACUGGAACGUGCAGCUGAACCGUAUAAUGAAGCCCAUCUCUCCAGGAGGUCCUGUGGGACAAGGUCAGCCUGCAUUGAACACAGAGGUGCCAGUCCACCAAAGAGGGGCGUUCACUAGCAACGAGUUCAUUGUCAAGAAGCAACUCUGUAAUACUGAUCGCAGGCUGUCUGGAGCGUACAGUCCAAACAGCCAUUCAGUGUGGCCGUCCCGGCUGUAUUCUGAGGAGGAGGAAGAGGAGGAGGAGGAGGUUCAGGACCAGCUGAGGAAGGUCUCUCUCACAGAAACUGACAGCACAAGAUGUGAAACCAACAGGCCCAGUCAUUAGACAGGAGGAAAUUCGGACUUGUGUACAAGACUAGAUAGCAAGAGACACUGCAGAAGCAGAUCUGUAGAGUGAUUUCUUCAAGACCAGUGCCACAGUAACUGUAUUUGACCUACAGGGGUCACUCUAAAAAUGUAUAUUAAAGUGGAAUAAUGUCAGCAAUAAUAUCAUUUGUUUACAUAUCCCUCCUACAUUGGAUUAAAACAUCCCAAUAAUAUAAGGCCAGCUAUAUUUUCACUGCCCAGAUUUAUUGAACAUUUUCUUUUACCUAGUGAUGGUUAAGCAUUCAAUAAACACUGCUGCAAAGUGUUUGGUAUAAAUGCGCGUUGUAUUUUGUAUUUCUAAAUACUGGCUUCAAAGGCUUUUAUCAAAGGUGUAUUUGCUUAUCAGUCAUUGCCCUCAUUUUUGUCUAAGUUCCCCCUCCUCUCUCAAAAUGAAAUGCAAUCUAUUUCUUCCCUCUGGCCUAUUGAUAAGAGCAGAACCAGCAGAAUCACAGCUUCUGCUGGUUUAAAAAAUAAGACAGACACUUUUUAUUGAUUUAUUUUUAGCAUGGAAAGUUACUGUGGCAUUUGGUAAACGGUUUACAUGGACUGAUGUAUUUGGUAAUGUUGUUUCUGUUUUUUUAAUAAAUAAAAUGAGCUGCCCUGUUG